AUGCUAUCUGUCAAAGGUGCAAGCUUACUCUUACUGUUAGCAAUUUUUUUGACUCCUCAAAUUACUCAGCAAGUUGAGCAAACGAAGGACAAUUUUACGUCUUCUACAGGGACCCCCAAUCCAAUUCUGGAAGAAAAAUUGGACGAAAAUUCGGUUGAUCUCAUUCUAGACGAUUCUCAGUGGAAAAUUCUCCUUUUAACGGCUUCUAAGAAAAUCGAUUCUUGGUUUGAUGAAAUGAACACCUACGAUAAGAAUUUAGCAAAAAACAAAACUGAAGAAGGAAAAUCUGCGGGGAAAGAUGAACAGGGCAACAAGACCGUUACGGAUGUGGAGGAUGAUUUGAGCCCGAACGAUUUCAGGAUUAUAUUAUCCGGCAGGAAUGACGAAGUGGACGAGAUAGCGAAAAAGGCUUUUGUGGCACUGGAAAUAUCUUCCAGACUGGCCAAAGACCAAAAUUUGACAGGAAAAUCCGUUUCAUCUCAGCUGGGAAAAGUGAAAUUGCCCGAUGAUUUCAUAACCAAGUACUGCCCAUUCAAUGAAUACGGAAGGGAAGCUAAGGGGAGGAAUUACAUCGACAAGAGCCACAAAUAUGCGCUGUAUAGAAGUCCCGAUGGUUCGUUUAACAAUCCCUUCGACCCUUACAAAGGAAGGUCAUCAAUACCUUUCAAAAGGCUAUUGCCUCCCGACUUUUCCGACGGCAUACAACUCUUUAGGUUAGGUUCAGAUGGAUAUCCCCUUCCCGACACUAGAACGGUCAGCCUAUUGAUUCACCAUCUGCCAGACUCAUUACUACCCAAUAGACAUUCGGAGUUUCCUUACUUGACUUUGCUCAUGACACAAUGGGGACAAUUAACCAUUCACGAUCUAACGUUAACCCCGUUAUCUAAAGUUCCCGGCAGCAAAUGCUGCGUUCCCUACAACGCGGAUAAUCCUAGUUGCGCUAUCAUUCCACUGAAACCGGAUGAUCCUUUUUUUUCUAGAUACGGCAAGGAUUGCAUGGAAUUCACCCGUUCCAGUCCCUCCUUCCGAAGGGACUGCACUUUAGGUCCUAAGGAAACAUUAAAUCAAGUAACAUCCUACCUUGAUGCUUCGAUUCUCUACGGUUCAAGUGUCCGGGAAGAAAACUUGUUAAGAGCUUAUGAAUAUGGCGAAUUAAUUGUUCGCGACAAAGUCUUCUUCAACGAUAUCCUGGAUUUUCUGCCAUUGCAUCCGAAUGGGACUCAGAAAGGUUGUGUCGGUGAAUGGUGUUAUAUGGCAGGUGAUGUGAGAUGCAACGAAAACCCGGGAUUGACAGCUCUACACGUUAUAUGGCUAAGGGAACAUAAUAGGUUGGCUAGAGGACUGGCCAGUCUGAACCCGCAUUGGAACGAUGAAAGAAUAUUCCAAGAAACCAAGAGAAUCGUUGUAGCUCAAUACCAGCACAUUAACUAUUUCGAAUACUUGCCCAUAGUUUUGGGUAAAAAAAUAAUCAAGCUGUACCCCGACUUAAAAGUUAGCCCAAUCGCCGAAUACUAUUAUGGAUAUUCACCAGAAUUAGAUCCCGGGACGAGUCAAGCCUUUUCUACUUCCGCUUUCCGAUUCGGGCACAGCAUGGUAGCCGAUAAGCUCAUUUACGUCGAAACAACUCCUCAAUUUACCCGAGAGACGGUGACCUAUUUAAGAGAGGGGUACUUUAGACCCUCGCUAAUAUCGGGCCAUAGUUAUCCAUCCUUACCCGAUAACAUCCUCCAGGGUCUCUUAUACCAAAAAUCUUACAUAAUGGACAAUUAUGCUUCCCCUGAAUUAGUGGACCAUCUCUACCAAACCAAGCCCAGUGUUCCGGGUUUGGACCUGAUUGCUCUCGAUAUUCAAAGAGGAAGGGAUCACGGUCUCCCGGCCUACAACAAUUGGAGAGUCUGGUGUGGACUGAAGCCCUUCACAACUUUUGACGAAUUGGCGGAAGUUAUGCCUAUCGAUUUGGUCGAUAAAUUCAGAAGUCUUUAUACAUCCGUAGACGAUAUCGAUCUAGUUUCUGCGGGGAUGUCUGAGUACUGGAUAUAUGAUAGCAUAGUAGGACCCACUUAUGCUUGCAUCAUAACCGAGCAAAUGAUAAGACUCAGAAAGGGGGAUCGAUUUUGGUACGAAAAUGGUCCUGGAUCCCUGUUUACCAAUCCUUUUACAUUGGAUCAAUUGAACGAGAUCAAAAAGACUUGGUUUUCCCACAUAUUAUGCCGCAACGCGCCCCUGAUAAAGGAUAUACAACUCAACGCGUUCUUUGAUUCUAAAUAUAUGGAUAAUCGAUUGAGACCCUGUUAUUCCUACCCUGACAUCGAUCUAUCAUUCUGGAAAGAGAUCCUUUAAUCAUCAUAUUAUUUUUUUUAUGAAAUAUAAAUUUUUAAUAUGCAAAUAACGU